UAUAAAUAUUAUUUUAUUUUUUAGAACAACCAAACUUGUACAUCUAAAAACAUGACUAAAGAUGUCAUAAAAAUAUUAUCUGACGUUAAAGUCUGUUCAUACCUUGUGUGGGCAGUGUUUGCUGGAAUUUUCACCGCGUACAUUUGGUUUUAUUUAUUUCUGUACAUUGAAGACUUAGCAAACAUUUAUCAUCAAGAACGAUUACCAUUGAUUAAGACGAUACAAGGUUUUUCGGUGACAGUAGAAUGUUGUAUAGGAGAAAUUCCUAUUUAUAUUAUGACAGGAUACAUAUUGAAAAAGAUUGGACACAUGACGGCUUUCUCCAUAUCGUUCGCAAUGUUCUCGAUGAGAUUUUUCCUCUAUUCGAUCAUCAAAGAUCCGUUGUGGGUAUUGCCGGUCGAGCUAACCAAUGGUAUAACGUUCACCUUGGCCUUCGUGGCUGGCAUUUCGUACGCGGCUGAAGUAGCACCGAGUGGCAGCGCAGGCACUCUCCAAGGCCUGUUCGGCAUGGCCUUUCACGGAAUAGGUGUAUCACUUGGUUCAUUCAUGGCGGGUUACACGUUUGAACGUAUGGGAAGCUCGGCUUCUUUCGAACUAUUGAGUUACGUGGCAUUUACCACGUUUCUAGUCCAAGUAUCCGUCAACCAAUUAAUAAUGCGAAUAAGUAAACCCAUAGAAAAUGGCAUCAUGGACUAGCAUACAACAAAAUAAAUCACUAAAGCUGCCCGUGUCCCGGAAAGCUUAUUUAACUCGGAUCACACGAACCAAAUACCAGUUAUACCUACAGUCUACCAUGGUCAACGGAAAUAAUACUUCGUUCUCUCCAGUAGUUUUUAUAUUUAAAUGACAAAAAUAUAUUUUAUUAUAUUAUAAUUGAUUUAGUUUUAUCAUAAUAUUACUAUAAUAUGUUAAGAAUAAAAUUGUAAAUAUAACAUUAUUUUUUAAUAACAAAAAA